UUUCUCGCACAGCGGAGGAUUAGAGCAACGGCGCCGGGCGGGAGGUGCGGGGCUGGGGAGGUCGUGGGGCGGCGGCAGCAGCAGUAGGAGAAGCUGGCCGACGAGGCUAUGGAUUUAUUGAGGAAUAUCGCUUAUCAGCCGGGCACCACUGGAGCUGGACCUGGCGGUAGCAGCACCACCACCAGCACCAGCAGCAGUAGUAGCAGCAAGAUGGGCGAGCAGGGGCUGGGCAAAGCCUGCAGCGGGGAGUCGAGGCGAAAGAAGGCGACGGCGGCGGAGGUGGUGGUGCUGUCGGAGCAGCAUCACCAUCAUCAUCCGCACUCGACCACCGAGAUCUCGCGGAUUAUCACCGACCCCACCACGGGAAGGCGAUACUGCCGCGGCAAAGUGCUGGGAAAGGGUGGCUUUGCAAAGUGUUAUGAGAUGACUGAUCUGACCACGAACAAAGUCUAUGCUGCAAAGAUCAUUCCUCACAGCCGAGUCUCCAAACCUCAUCAAAGAGAAAAGAUUGAUAAAGAGAUCGAGUUGCACCGGAUGCUCAAUCACAGGCACAUCGUACAGUUCUACCACUACUUUGAGGACAAAGAGAACAUUUACAUUCUCCUCGAAUACUGCAGCCGAAGGUCAAUGGCUCACAUCUUGAAAGCAAGGAAGGUGCUGACAGCCCCAGAAGUACGAUACUACCUCAGGCAGAUUGUGUCAGGACUUAAAUACCUUCACGAGCAAGAAAUCCUGCACAGAGAUCUGAAGCUAGGUAAUUUUUUCAUUAACGAUUCCAUGGAGCUGAAAGUGGGAGAUUUUGGCUUGGCAGCCAAGCUCGAACCUUUAGAACACAGGAGAAGAACAAUCUGUGGUACACCAAAUUACCUUUCUCCAGAAGUUCUCAACAAACAAGGGCAUGGCUGUGAAUCGGACAUAUGGGCCUUGGGCUGUGUCAUGUAUACAAUGCUUCUGGGCAGGCCUCCGUUUGAAACCACUAAUCUGAAGGAGACCUACAGGUGUAUAAGGGAAGCAAAAUACUCCUUGCCGUCAUCUUUGCUGCCUCCUGCAAAACACUUGAUCGCAAGCAUGUUGUCGAAAAACCCCGAAGACCGCCCCAGCUUAGAUGACAUUGUUCGGCAUGACUUCUUCUUACCGGGGUUCACGCCAGACAGGCUUCCAGCCAGUUGCUGUCAUACAGUUCCUGACUUCAACUUGUCAAGCCCUGCAAAGAAUUUCUUCAAAAAGGCAGCUGCAGCUCUCUUUGGGGGAAAGAAGGAAAAAGCAAGAUACAUUGACAAUCGCUUUGCAAAAGAAGAUGAAGAAAUAUAUAAGCUGAGACAUGACUUGAAGAAGACUUCAAUCACCCAGCCUCCCCUGAAACACAGGCUGGAGGAGGAAAUCCAGCCUCCUAGCUCCACUGUAGCCAAACCUGGUGUAUUGACAGAGACCAGACAGAUCGAUGCCAUUCGCAUGAUUGUUCGGGGGACACUGGGAAGCUGUAGUAGCAGCAGUGAAUGUCUUGAAGAUAGUACAAUGGGAAGUGUGGCAGAUACAGUUGCAAGAGUGUUGCGUGGAUGUUUGGAGAACAUGCCAGCAUCUGAUCAUAUUCCCAAAGAACAGUUGGCAGCCUCUUUCCAGUGGGUCACAAAAUGGGUGGACUACUCCAAUAAAUAUGGCUUUGGAUAUCAGCUGUCGGACCACACUGUGGGUGUUCUCUUCAACAAUGGUGCACACAUGAGCCUUCUUCCAGACAAAAAAACAGUCCAUUACUAUGCAGAGCUGGGUCAGUGUUCGGUUUUCUCUGCUACCGAUGCUCCUGAACAAUUUAUUAACCAAGUGACUGUUCUGAAGUACUUCUCUCACUACAUGGAGGAGAACCUCAUGGAUGGAGGGGAUCUCCCCAGUGUCACCGAUGUGCGCAGACCGAGGCUUUACCUCUUGCAGUGGUUAAAGUCAGACAAGGCAUUAAUGAUGCUCUUCAAUGAUGGCACAUUUCAGGUGAAUUUCUACCACGAUCACACAAAAAUCAUCAUUUGCAACCAAAAUGAGGAAUAUCUGCUUACCUACAUCAAUGAAGACAGGCUAUCGACAACAUUUCGCCUCACGACACUUCUGAUGUCCGGCUGUUCAUUGGAGCUAAAGCACCGAAUGGAAUAUGCAUUGAAUAUGCUUUUGCAAAGAUGCAAUUAAAUUAAAGGAUUCUUCUGAAACCAAAAGGACCUCUCACUCACAUAUACUGACAUCUACAGUGGAUGUAGUUGGGGGAAAAAUAGUAUGUUGAUGGAUGAGUAAGGACUGGUACGAACCUAUAUCUCAUCUUGUGUGCUGGGCUGGGACCAGACAUGAAGCCUACGGCCUUUGGAUUAAUGGUUGGACCAGGAAUUCUUGGAGUCUAGCUUUCUUUGGCUUCCUGCUUGUUGGAAGGGAUGAAUUGGACUUAAAGCUGAGCAACAGGCAGUUCUAAUGGAGGACUCAAACUGUGAAUAACACUUGGAUUUGGGAGGGAGGGCGAUCUCAUUGUGGAAUAACUGUACGGGGGCAGCUUGUUGUGGCUGCUUAACUGUGAACUAUGGCCAUACCGUUUUGUUUUUGUUUCGUUAUUUCUUCCAAGAACUGAUCACACUUAUGGCUGGCAAAGUGCAUUCCUUGUUAAUAAUUUUUUUUAAUUUAUUACAGCCUAAAGUGAAGUAUUUAUUACACACAUUUUUUUGUAACUGUGAUUUUUAAAUAUACAUUUGUUGGCAAUAAAGCGUUGGGAGGGUAGAAUCUGAA